AGAGGACGCGCACCCGGGGUGGAGCUGAGAGCAACAGGAGCUCCUGCGGCGAAUUCGGGCCCCGAGUACGCCGGUUCAGGCGGCCGCCGCCGGUGGAAUUGUGCCAGUCGAGGUGGCCUGCUGGUGCGGCGGGAGUUUGCGAGUAGGGCGGUUCCGGUUUUGAGUGAGCGAAGGUGUUGUUGGGGGCGUGGAUCUGGCCGGCGGCGGGCGAUGGGAAGGAGGGACUAGGGCUCGAUUGGAGGGAAAGGCGUGAUCCAUGGGCGGAUGCUUCUCGCAGGAGGAGCACCGGCUCCAGAGCAGGCCAGCUGAAGCUGCUGGACCAGACGGACUGCAGAAGUCAAAAUCUGAUUCUAAAGCUACAGCAAGUGUUCUUGCUCCACCAAAAGCUGUGGUGGAUCUGCAAGUGGAAGGAUAUGGAAAUGUGAAUAUUUUCACAUAUGACGAAUUGAGCGCAGCCACAAAAAACUUCCGACCAGAUCAAAUUCUUGGAGAGGGUGGGUUUGGAGUUGUUUACAAAGGUGUAAUUGAUGAAAAUGUUAGAGCAGGUUUCCCAUCCAGGCAGGUUGCUGUGAAAGAACUAAACCCAGAGGGUUUUCAAGGGGACAAGGAGUGGCUGGCAGAAGUCAACUAUCUUGGGCAACUUAGUCAUCCAAAUCUUGUUGAACUGAUUGGCUAUUGCUGUGAGGGUUCACAUAGACUGCUUGUGUAUGAGUACAUGGCUUGUGGAAGCCUCGAAAAGCACCUUUUUCGGCGGGUUUGCCUUAAUAUGCCAUGGUCAACACGCAUGAAGAUUGCAUUGGGUGCUGCAAGGGGGCUCGAGUACCUUCACAGAGCUGAGAGAUCCAUCAUUUAUCGAGAUUUCAAGACAUCAAACAUCUUGCUAGAUGCGGAUUAUAAUGCUAAGCUUUCAGACUUUGGUCUCGCAAGAACAGGUCCUAGUGGAGACCAAACCCACGUGUCAACUCGUGUUAUGGGAACUUAUGGAUACGCGGCUCCAGAAUAUGUCAUGACUGGCCAUCUGACAGCACGAAGUGAUGUUUAUGGCUUUGGAGUCGUGCUUCUAGAGAUGAUUAUUGGAAGAAGGGCUGUGGACGAUAGCCGGCCGAGCCGUGAGCAUAACCUAGUUGACUGGGCACGGCCCCUCCUCGUCCAUAACAGGAAGCUGUUCCGGAUAAUCGAUCCAAGAAUGGAAGGGCAGUACUCCACCAAGGCUGCCACCGAGGUGGCAAGCCUUGCAUACCGCUGCCUGAGCCAGAACCCCAAAGGACGACCAACCAUGAGCCAAGUUGUUGAGACCUUUGAGGCCGUGCAGAACAUGCCUGAAUGCCAGGACAUACUCCUCCAGAACGGCAUCACAGGUGCCGUGACGCUCUACGAGGUCCCAAAGGAGCCUGCAGACAGAGUUGAGCUGGAGAAGGCCAAGCAGGAACCGGCAGUAAAGACCGCCGCAAUCCCGCCCGUGAACGGAAAGCCGGCCCCCCAGAGCAGGCGAACGCGGCCUGGGAAUGGCCGGAGCAAGAGCGAGCCAUCGUUGGAGUGUAAGAUGUACAUCCCAUCACCAGACUCUGACGAACAGCAGCUCGGCCUGGAGGCACUGGCGUCCCCAAAUGGCAGCAUGAAGGACCAUCCUGACGAGGAUUUGUACAAGAUAUAAAAUCAGAUCAGUUUUUUUUUUUUCAAACAACAUGAGCCCUCGUUGCUCGCCUUUUGCGCCGCCACCCCAGCUCUCAAAGAUCGGUCAGUUACAAUUUUUUCUCUGAUAGCCACCGGCCUCGCUAGGGUUCUUAUUCUUCCGAUUAGCAAUUGUAUGUAGAGGGAGAGUUGUGAUGGAAAGCAUGUGUGUGCUUGCCAUGACGAUGCUGUAGAGAUCUGAUACACUUCUUUCUGGGGAAUUUCCACUCCAAAAAUGGAAGUUGAGAGAUGUGUCCUGACGAUUGGUGCGUUUUACCCGUGUGUUGAGUUUACUUGUAAAGAUGCUUCUUCGUUGUAAUCUUCAGUUCUGCGGGAAAUCAACACCAGCAUAGAAAUUGAUAGAU